ACCCGGAGGCCUCGCCCCCAGAGAGCGCCUGCUGGGCUCUCGGCGGAGGACGAAGCGCAGGCUUCCUCCUCCUGCCAGGGGAAGCAGAGAGAAUGAAAGCCUACCUCAAGAGCGCAGAAGGCUUUUUUGUCCUAAAUAAAAGUACCACAAUCGGAAAACAUGAGGAUUCGGACCUGGUGCUACAGUCUGCAGACAUCGACAACCACCAUGCGCUCAUCGAGUACAACGAGGCGGAGGGCAGCUUCAUCCUCCAGGACUUCAAUUCCCGCAACGGCACGUUUGUCAAUGAGUGCCACAUUCAGAAUGUGGCCGUGAAGCUGAUACCGGGGGACAUCCUGAGGUUUGGCUCUGCUGGGCUGACCUACGAGCUGGUCAUCGAAAACCCACCCCAGGUCUCGUGCCCUUGGGUCAGGGGCCCAGCACCCUGGCCAAGGCCACAACCCCCUCGGACCACCCAGCAGCCGAACGCGUCGCUCUUGCCUCCGCAUUUCCCGUUCCACCAGGGCAUCCAGCCGGCACCUGUGCAGCGGAGCUGGUCCCAGGACUUCCCCAGGCCCACCGGGGUCCCACCUGACCCCCACCAGCGGCCCAUGAGCGCCAGGGGGAAGAUGUUCUCCUUCGUCAUGGACCACCGGUCCCCCAUCAUCAAGCAAGGACCCCUAAAUCGCAUCCCACUGCAGCACCAGCUACAACUUUCUCACCUGAAUUUGGUGAAGAUCAGCGCCCUUCAGAAGGGCUACAGCCAGGUGCUGUGCCACACCCUGUCUGAGCGGAACUCAGAGAUCGCAUCCCUGAAGAGCGAGGGGGAGAACUUGAAGAGGGACAACGCCAUAACCGCAGGGAAGGUGACAUCUUUGCAGAAGGACAUGGUAGAAAGGAAUGAGCAAGUUCAACAGCUCAAAGAAGAAGUGAAUCAACUGAAGACUCAGAACAAAGAGAAAGGGUACCAGCUGGAGGCGCUGGGCUCCAGAUGGGCAGAUGUGGCCACGGCCACCCCACCAGAUGGCCCAGACCUUGUCCUCUGCAUGUCGUCCUGGAGCACUCAGCCUGGUGAUGCUGAGGGCCGCUUCCCAUCAGCUGAGGCUGCCCAUUGCCCAGCCAAAGGCCACACAGGCCGGAGCUCAGUUGAAGAGAAACUUCAGGAGGAUUCCAGGAGGAAAUUGCUCCAGCUGCAGGAAAUGGGGAACAGAGAGAGCCUCAUUAAGAUCAAUUUGGAAAGGGCAGUAGGUCAGCUGGAGCAUUUCAGAAGCCAGGUCAUCAAGGCCACCUAUGGACGAGUGAAACCCUUUCCGGACCAGCCCAUCACAGACCAGCAGCUUAUAGAAAGGAUCGCCCAGGUCACCGAGGACAACAUCAGGUUUCAGAAGAACAAGUGGAGCCUGGAGCAGAAGACCCAGCUGAGCCACUCCAGGCGGGAGGAGACCACAGAGAGCAUGGAGAGGCUGAGGACUGCUCUGGACAGCUGCCAGGACUGCAUGAAAAUGUCCUGCCGAAGCAGGGACCUGAGGACGGAGGUGGACCUUCUGCGGGGCCUUGAGCUGAGCCCACCUGUGUCCAGGCUCCAGAAGGCGACGCUGGACAUACUGAGCCUGUCACUGUCCUGGCUGGAGGGAGUGGAGCAGCUCCUCGGGGACCUCGGCCUCCAGCUCUCUGGCUCUGACAAAGGCUUCUCCUUGUAUCUCACAUGCCUUCUGGAACAUUCUAAAGGAAUUAUGAGCCAGAUUCAGGAACUCCAGCCAGCAACAUAG